GACCGGAAAAUAACACAUGUACGUCAUCAUCACGUCGGGUUGUGGUCGUGGACGGUUGUGGCCAUGGUUGGUGACCUGUCAAGACUUCAUGGAAGUUUAAUAAGAAUCAUUUAACUCUAGUGCCUGACAUCCGCAGUCUGCAUGAACAUAUUUCUAUUUUAAGUCUAAUCAUCUUUUUUGCACAAGGUGAUGUGGAGGACUGUUUUAAGGGGCAUUUCGGCUAAUCUGGUCCAAGGUAAACGCAACAUGUCUCAAAGCUGCCUUGCUGGAAAGGUUGCCAUAGUGACCGCCUCUACAGAUGGGAUUGGUCUCGCUGCGGCUGAGGCGCUGGGCCGGAGGGGGGCCCACGUGGUGGUGAGCAGCCGGCGCCAGGCCAACGUGGACCGGGCCGUGACAACGCUGCAGGGCCAGGACAUCAAGGUCACCGGCACCACCUGCAACGUGGGCAAGAGCGAAGAUCGAGAGAAACUGGUCCAAAUGACGCUGGACCAAUGUGGGGGUAUAGAUAUCCUGGUGUCCAACGCAGCAGUCAACCCUUUCUUCGGGAAUAUCAUGGACUCCACAGAAGCGGUUUGGGACAAGAUCCUUGAUGUGAAUGUAAAGUCAGCGUUUCUAAUGACCAAGCUUGUGGUGCCGCACAUUGAGAAAAGAGGAGGGGGAAGCGUUGUGUUUGUGUCGUCGGUGGCUGGGUACCAACCGAUGCCGGCCUUGGGUCCCUACAGCGUUAGUAAGACGGCGUUGCUGGGCUUGACUCGGGCCCUGGCCCCUGAGCUGGCUCAGAGCAACAUCAGGGUCAACUGUGUGGCCCCUGGUGUUAUCAAGACUCAGUUUAGUAGUAUGCUAUGGAAGAACGAGGACGUCGCUGAAGAGUUCAUGAAGCAGACAUGUAUCAAAAGAGUCGGGGAGCCGGAGGAAAUCGGAGGUGUGAUCGCAUUUCUGUGCUCUAAAGACGCGUCGUACAUCACCGGGGAGACAAUCACCGUCACCGGGGGGAUGAACUGUCGACUGUAAACCAGCCAAUGCAACCGGCUCACACACUUUAAAUAGCGUGUGUCCACAAAUGCGGAUUAGCCAUCUAUUAAUUCCAUUCAUUGAUUUGUUAAAUUGUUUUUUUCCCUAAGAUGUAAAAGGUCAGCGAGUAUGGAUGCGUGUCUAGAUCUGUCAUGGUCUUUAAAGAGAUUUGAUCUUGUACGAUACAAUAGGGGAAAACGUGUUCAUGAAGUGGGAGUGAUCGUUGUGCCUUAUUUACAAAGCAUCAGAAGAAUAAAAAACAAACUGGUGGAAACUGC